AUGGCAGCUGCUAUAUCUAAAAAUGUUCAGACAGAGCUGGUUUUCUGGAACCGGAUGCCCGACCAACAGCUGGUGGUGGAUUUCACAAAAGCCUCACCGAAAGACUGCAUGAUGGCGAUCACAGCACCAGACCAGAAACACCAAGUCCAGGUGCAAGAUGUUCGAGGCCAGGAGGCUGAAUUCUGUUUGGACCAGAAUGGGUUUCAGUUUGUGUGGCAUGACCUGCCCGAGAUUGAAGGUGCGGCCGACCCAGCACGCGUAGAGUCUGUCAUCAUUCCUAAAACAGAGGAGCUAGUGCGGAAAGUAACGGGCGCCACACGAACAAUCACCUUUGCUCACCGGGUGCGCUGCUUCACGGCGGAUGCGGCCCUGUUGGCUGAUAACCGUGCACCUGCUCACAGUGUGCACUCCGAUUUUACCCCUGCGGGAGCCCUCCAGCAGCUGUCAUCGGUGAUUAGGGAUGACACCGAGCGGGCUCGCUUGAUAGGCGGGCGGGUGCUGAUCAUCAACGUCUGGCGACCCCUGAAGACGGUGCAGCGCGACCCGCUGGCUGUCUGUGACUGGCGCACACUGGAUUGGCAGCAAGACCGGAUUGCAAAUCGGUUGUUACUGCCUGAUAGGUGGAAUGAACUGGGUAAAUAUGCGUUCAACCCGGGCCAGCAGUGGUACUAUCUGGGUGGCCAGCAACCGCAGGAGGCCCUCAUUUUCAAGCAAUUUGAUAGCCAGCAAGCAGAAGUGGGUGGCAUGACAGUGCCUCACACAGCAUUUGUGGACCCGGAUACAGUGGAGGCUCCUGCUAGGGAAAGUAUUGAGAUCAAGAUGUUCGCAUUUCUGUGA